AGGGCGCUGCGGAGCGGGCGAGGGAAGGCGGCGGGAGGCUGGUCUCUCCCUCAUCCUCUCGCCGACAAGAUGGCGGCGGCGUUGCGGAUGGUGGCGCCAACGGCUUUGUUUCCCCUCGCCGCCUGAAGCCCGGCUCUCACCGGCCCGGCCGCGAGUGGCAGCGGCGGAGACAUGACCGCGGAACCCGUGAGUGAAAGCAAAUUGAAUACGUUGGUGCAGAAGCUUCACGACUUCUUGGCUCACUCGUCAGAAGAAUCUGAGGACGCACGUUCUCCUCCAAGAUUGUCUACGAACGAAAGUAUAGAUAAAAUUAGUAUGCCUGGAAAUAUGCCAACUCCAAUAGAAAACAGCAAGGAAGAGGGUAGUAGCUCUUCUGAAAAAUCCAAAUCUUUAGGAUCAUCACGUUCCAAAAGGAAACCCACAGUUGUAACAAAAUACGUUGGCUCAGAUGAUGAACAGACUUUAGAUGAAACUGUGAAUCAAGAUAUUUCAAAUGAAAACUCGGAAAAUGAAGUUGAUAUGAAAAGUUUGCCUAAAGGUACAGUAGUUGUGCAGCCAGAGCCAGUACUUAAUGAAGACAAAGAUGACUUUAAAGGACCUGAAUUUAGGAACAGAAAUACUGCUAAAAUAAAAACUGAAACUCAAAAGAAGCGUGGAGAGGAAGGGCUACAUGGUAUUGUCAGCUGUACAGCUUGCGGUCAGCAAGUGAACCAUUUUCAAAAGGAUUCAAUCUACAGACAUCCCACAUUAAAAGUACUUAUUUGUAAGACUUGCUUCAAAUAUUAUAUGAGUGACGAUAUCAGCCGUGAUGCAGAUGGAAUGGAUGAACAGUGUAGAUGGUGUGCUGAAGGUGGAAACUUAAUUUGCUGUGACUUUUGCCAUAACGCCUUCUGCAAAAAGUGUAUAUUGCGCAACUUAGGCCGAAAGGAGCUGUCAAACAUAAUGGAUGAAAAUAACCAGUGGCAUUGCUAUAUUUGCCAACCAGAACCUUUGCUGGACUUGGUUACUGCUUGUGACAGUGUAUUUGAAAAUUUAGAACAAUUAUUGCAGCAAAAUAAAAAGAGAAUCAGAGUUGACAGUGAAAAAAGUAAAAUGUAUGACAAUAUACUUAAAUAUUCUUCAAAGAAAAAUAGCUCAAGUUGUAAUGGAGAAGAAAAGAAAUUAGAUCGUCCAUAUUCUGGUGCUGUAAACUAUUCCUACAAAGCAUUGAUGGUGCCAAAAGUCCUGCUUAAAAAAACAAAAAAAUUGGUUGAAACAACAACAAACAUGAAUGCUAGUUUUGUAAAUUUUUUGAAGGAUGCAACUGAAAAUUCUGAAAUAAACCCAACAGUGCACUUACGUCAGCUGAAGGCAUUUAAAUCUGUGUUGAGUGACAUCAAAAAGAGUCAUGUGGCAUUGGAUGAAGGUCUGAAUUUGGAAAUUCAAGCUCUGGAUGCUAAAAUCAAGCUAAAGAAUACCAAAGAGAGAGAAACUGAAAUUAAAUUGGAUAGCAACGAAGUGAAGAAAACAGAAGGAAAAGAAUUCAAAGAACAUAGAAUCACAUCAGAGGUCAAUGAGUGUGCAGAUCAAAGUGUACCAAUAACGGAACGGACAGGAAGCAAAAAACCAAACGGCAAAGAUAAAAAAUCUGGGAAAAGUGAUGAACUUCAAUAUGAACCCAAUAGCACUGAAGCAACAGAUAUGGAUAUUGUAUCCGUUCCCUCAUCUGUUCCUGAAGAUAUUUUUGAAUCUUGUAUGGAAGCACAGAAAGCAGGUGAACACGGCACUGGAAGUAUGAAAUCUAAAGACAGUAGGGGAGGAAUGAAGUUGAUAUCAUCUACAAAAGUUAAAAAAGAAUUGAUUGUGAAACUGACUCCAGUUUCCCUUUCCAGUUCUGUAAAAGCUGAAGAUUCAGAUGGAAAGCCAGAAAAGGGAGAGAAACAAGAAAGUGGAAAAGAAAAUUGUAGUGCUGAAUGUCCACCUGAAAAUAAAGUAAUUUCACUGGUAGAUGAUAAUGAUCUCAGAAGGUCUCCUCGUGUUAAAACCACACCCCUUAGGCGUCCAGCAGAUAUAAACACCUUAACAUCUAAUUCAGAAGAGGACAGCAAUGAUGCAUACAGUGAAAAACAUAGAAGAAAACCUGCACAUUCCAAAAGAAAGAAAGAUAAGCAGAAUUCUCCUGAUAGCACUGUUCACAGUGCUCAAUCGAACAGACCAGAUACAAUGGACCAAAGUUCUGAUUCUGAUGAGAUACCUGCAGUCCUCCAAGAAGUAGCCAUGAUGAACCACAGUUCUUCAGAUGUUGACAGCAGCAAUGGAAUGUCCAAGGAUGUGUUAAAUGCUUUAAAGAAGCCAACAGUGAAAGAGGACAAUGGAAAGCGAAAAAGAAAAAGUUCCAGUUCUGGAUCAGAUAUGGAUGCUAAAAAAGGCAAAUCAAAUAAAGAUUUAGCUGUUGCUAAAAAGAAACGCCAGAACUGUUCAGAUUCUUCUAAUUAUGAUUCUGAGUUUGAAAGCGAGAAUUUGAGUAAAGCUCAGCCUGGAAAUAAAGGCCCAAGAGAUAAUGAUGGUUCUUCGGAAGAGGAGCCAAAUAAAAAAGGAAAAGGAAAUUCAAAGCAGCAGCGGCAGCAGGGUGAAUUGUGCAAUGAAGUUGAUGACGCUGAGCUCUCUGCUCCAGAUAAAGAGAAGCUAGGCAAUUCUUUGGAAGAUGCACCUUGUAAAGAGUCAUCGGUUAAGGAGAAGCGAACAAGGGAUUUCAAAGAGAGGGCCUCCAAAACGAAGCAGAAUGUGUCCUCUGAAAAAGAAGACAAUAGCCUUUCAGGCAAGAGAAACAAACCUUUGGCAAAUGAAGGACAGGAUUUAUCUUUGGAUGAUACAGGGCAGUCUCUAAAGCAAGACCAGAGUAGUGAGUCCUCAGAUGAUGCUAGAAAGAAGGCCAAAAAAGGCACAAAAGAAAAGGAAACUAUGAGCCAGAGGAAAACCUCUGAAAAGGGGCAAAGUGAUUCCUCUUCUGAAAUUGAGAAGCCUUCUGACAAAGAGAGUUGUAGUGCUACUAGAAGUAAUAAUACUCAACAAAGAACUCUUGAGGGCAAGCUGAAGAGGAACUUGAGAGAGAGAGUUUCUAAAAAGCCCCAAGAUAAUAAUGCUGCAGAGACUGAGAAAUCUUCCAAAAAUGAACAGGUUUGUGACACUUCAGAAGAUAACUUAAAAACAAAAGAAAAUAAUGCCAAGGUAAAGAAAAAAGCAAGUCCCAAAAGAAGAAAUUCCAAAAAGAGAAGAGGUGACUUACUGUCCUCUUCUGAUGAAGACUUCAAUGAACAAAAAAAGAAUAAAAAAAGAGGAGCAGCCACUAAGGGAAAUAGCAAAGGUAAUCGUAAAGAAAGAGGGAAAACCAGUGUUAAAAAAACAAAGAAUGAAACCAUCACUACCACUGCUACGUCGUCGUCUUCAAAUGAAGCUGAAAAUGAGGACCUGAAUUCAGCAGGCGAGCAAAGCAGCGACGAGCAGAAAAUUAAGCCGGUGACGGAAAGUUCGUUGGCGGCUACAAAAAUUGGAUUUUGUCAGUCUUCAGGAGAUGAAGCGGAGAAUAAAUCGGCGGCUGUGCCAGUGGAAGAGGAGGAAGAUGAUGACGAUGAUCCUGAGAAUAGAAUUGCCAAGAAAAUGCUUUUAGAAGAAAUCAAAGCCAAUCUUUCCUCAGAGGAGGAUGCUUCUUCUGACGAAGAGUCUGAUGAUGGGAAAAAGAAGAAAGGAAGGCAAAUUGAAAAUAUAGGCGACAAUGAAGAGAAUGAACAAGAAGAUGACUCUGACUCCGAGUCUGACUCUGAUUCAGAUGCUGAAGAAGCUAAGAAACCUAGACAUAAACACCGGUUGCUAAGACACAAGUUGUCAAUGAGUGAUGGAGAGUCUGAGGAAGAGAAAAAGGGGAAAUCUAAAGAGUCAAAAGAAGUUAAACGCAGAAAUAGAAGGAAAGUGAGCAGUGAGGAUUCAGAUAACUCAGAAGGAAAUGAAUCUGGGGUCAGUGAAGAUUUCAGUGACUCUGAAGAUGACCAGCGUCCUAGAACAAGAUCUGCCAAGAAAGCUGAAUUAGAAGAAAAUCAGCGGAGUUACAAGCAGAAAAAGAAAAGGCGGCGCAUAAAGGUCCAGGAGGAUUCUUCUAGUGAAAACAAGAGUAAUUCUGAUGAUGAUGAUAAUGAUGAUUCAAAAUCUCCAGGGAAAGGCAGGAAAAAAAUACGAAAAAUCCUUAAAGAUGAUAAACUCAGAACGGAAACACAAAACGCACUGAAAGAAGAGGAGGAGAGAAGAAAACGGAUUGCAGAGAGGGAGCGCGAGAGGGAGAAGCUAAGAGAAGUGAUAGAACUAGAAGAUACUCCAUUGAAAUGUCCAAUUACAACUAAGCUGGUUUUAGACGAAGAUGAAGAAACCAAAGAACCUAUAGUACAGGUUCACAAAAGCAUAGUUACAAAACUGAAGCCACAUCAAGUAGAUGGUGUUCAAUUUAUGUGGGAUUGCUGUUGUGAAUCUGUGAAAAAAACAAGGAAAUCUUCAGGCUCUGGAUGCAUUCUUGCCCACUGUAUGGGUCUGGGAAAGACCUUGCAGGUAGUUAGUUUUCUUCAUACUAUUCUGCUGUGUGACAAAUUGGAUUUCAGUACAGCUCUUGUUGUUUGUCCACUGAACACGGCCCUGAACUGGGUGAAUGAAUUUGAGAAAUGGCAAGAAAGCUUAGAAGAUGAUGAGAAAUUGGAGGUUUGUGAACUAGCAACAGUGAAACGCCCUCAAGAAAGAAGCUAUAUGCUGCAAAGAUGGCAGGAUGAAGGGGGUGUCAUGAUCAUAGGCUAUGAGAUGUACCGUAACCUUGCACAAGGGAGGAAUGUAAAGAGCCGAAAACUAAAAGAAAUAUUUAACAAAGCACUGGUUGAUCCAGGCCCUGAUUUUGUUAUAUGUGAUGAAGGACACAUAUUGAAAAAUGAGGCUUCUGCUGUUUCUAAAGCUAUGAAUUCUAUAAGAUCCAGGAGGAGGAUCAUUCUUACAGGAACUCCAUUGCAAAACAAUCUCAUAGAAUAUCACUGCAUGGUUAACUUCAUCAAGGAGAAUUUGCUUGGAUCAGUUAAGGAGUUCCGAAAUCGAUUUAUAAAUCCAAUCCAAAAUGGUCAGUGUGCAGACUCUACCCUGGCAGACGUUAGGGUGAUGAAGAAACGUGCCCACAUCUUGUAUGAAAUGCUUGCUGGAUGUGUUCAGAGGAAAGAUUAUACAGCAUUAACAAAGUUCCUGCCACCAAAACAUGAAUAUGUCCUAGCUGUUAGAAUGACUGCUCUUCAGUGUAAACUGUAUCGGUACUACUUGGAUCAUUUAACAGGUGUCAGCAACAGUGGUGAAGGUGGAAGAGGGAAAGCUGGAGCUAAACUUUUCCAGGAUUUUCAGAUGUUAAGCAGAAUCUGGACUCAUCCUUGGUGCUUGCAGCUGGACUACAUUAGCAAAGAAAAUAAGGGCUAUUUUGAUGAAGACAGUCUCGAUGAGUUCAUAGCAUCAGAUUCUGAUGAAACAUCAAUGAGCUUAAGUUCAGAAGAAAGUACUAAGAAGAAAAAAACCAAGGGUAAAAAAUCAAAGAAGGACAGUAGCUCCAGUGAAAGUGGAAGUGAUAAUGAUGUCGAAGUGAUUAAAGUCUGGAAUUCAAGAUCUCGUGGAGGUGGAGAAGGAAACGUAGAAGAACCAGCAAACAAUCCUCCAACUGUUCUCAAGGCAGACGAAGGUAAAACCACUUCCUCUUCCAACCCAGGAAGUCCGGCUCCAGAUUGGUACAAAGAUUUUGUCACUGAAGCUGAUGCUGAAGUGUUGGAGCACUCUGGGAAAAUGAUGCUUCUCUUUGAAAUCCUUCGCAUGGCUGAGGAGCUUGGCAAUAAAGUUUUGGUGUUCAGCCAGUCUCUGAUAUCACUGGAUUUGAUAGAAGAUUUUCUGGAGCUAGCAAACCGGGACAAAGAAGAAGGCAAACCUGUCAUAUAUAAAGGUGAAGGAAAAUGGUUCAGAAACAUUGAUUAUUAUCGUUUAGAUGGUUCUACUACUGCUCAGUCAAGAAAGAAAUGGGCUGAAGAAUUCAAUGAUGUUACUAAUGUCAGAGGCCGCUUGUUUAUUAUCUCCACUAAAGCAGGAUCCCUUGGGAUAAAUCUGGUGGCUGCAAAUAGAGUAAUUAUUUUUGAUGCUUCUUGGAAUCCAACAUAUGAUAUCCAGAGUAUCUUCAGGGUUUAUCGCUUUGGGCAAAAUAAACCUGUGUUCGUAUACCGGUUCUUGGCUCAGGGAACGAUGGAAGACAAGAUCUACGAUCGUCAAGUAACUAAACAGUCGCUGUCUUUCCGGGUUGUUGAUCAGCAGCAGGUUGAGCGUCAUUUUACCAUGAAUGAACUCACUGAGCUUUAUACUUUUGAUCCAGACUUGUUGGAUGAUUCUAAUGCAGAAAAGAAGAAGAAAAGGGAUACACCCAUGCUGCCCAAAGAUACAAUUCUAGCUGAACUGCUCCAGAUCCAAAAAGAACACAUUGUGGGCUAUCAUGAACAUGAUUCCCUCCUGGACCACAAAGAAGAAGAAGAAUUGACUGAAGAGGAGAGGAAGGCAGCUUGGGCCGAAUAUGAAGCCGAAAAGAAGGGCCUGACUAUGCGUUUCAACAUGCCAGUUGGGGCAAAUAUGUUCCAAACCAACUUCAACUCUCAAACCCCGUAUAUUCCUUUCAAUCUGGCAGCCCUGUCUGCUAUGAGCAACCAGCAGCUGGAGGAUCUCAUUAAUCAAGGCAGAGAAAAAGUUGUGGAAGCCACUAACAAUGUUACUGGAGCAAGAAUUCAGCCCCUUGAAGACAUAAUUUCCACUAUAUGGAAGGAGAAUCUGACCCUCACGGAGUCCCAGGUCCAGGCUUUAGCUCUAAGCCGACAAGCAAGCCAGGAGCUGGAUGUUAAACGCCGGGAGGCCAUCUAUAACGAUGUCCUGACAAAGCAACAGAUGUUAAUCGGUUGCGUUCAGAGGAUUCUAAUGAACAGAAGGCUACAGCACCAAUACAGUCAGCAGCAGCAGCAGCAGCUGACCUAUCAGCAAGUCGCUCAGCAAGCCGCUCAGCAAGCCGCUCAGCAAGCCGCUAUGAGUCAUCUGAUGAUGCCAAAGCCGCCUGGUUUAAUCAUGAAUCCUUCCAACUUCCAACAGAUAGAUAUGAGAGGAAUGUACCAAUCCGUUGCUGGCGCUAUGCACCCACCACCUUUGCAGCGUGCCCCUCCCCCAAUGAGUGGCAAAAACCCCGGAACGUCCCAGGGGAAAUCAAUGUGAUUUUGCACUAGAAAUUUAAAGGAUCGUUAAAAUCAGAGAGAGAGAGAGAGAGAUUUUUUUUUAUUUUUUUAGGAAUCAAUGGCUUAACAGAACUCAACUGUAUAAAUAGUUUGGGUGAUUUCCCCCCCAUUAGUCGCCAUUUUCCAUUUUAGCGUUUCCACUUUGUUUUUGAUAAGACGUGAUGUUCCCCGCGAUUUUUGUCAGUGAUAUUGCCUAGAAUCUUCUUACAUGUGUUGAGUACAGGAGAUAAUCCAGUUGUUUUCAGUGAAAACAGGUCCUUCCAUAACAUUAGGGGCUGUACAGGUUUCCUGUCUAAACUCCUAUGCUUGCUGUUAAUAGCCAUAAAAACGGCCGUCAAAUGGGAGAAGCUUAGGGAAGUUACACAGAUCUGUAUAUUUCGGUUGUCAGAAACAAAUGUACACAGCUGAGUUCUUGGUUAAAGUUGAUUCCUCAAAUUAUGGAACUUUUUUAUAUUCUUUCACGAAAUGUGAAAUAAGUCAAGGCAGGACUAACAUAAUACACUUAUCGUUUGUGAUGGAAAAAUAAAGCAUAGGAACUGAAAAUGACCUUGAGACAGAACUGAGUGCAAUAUUCUUAAAUACUACUGCUCUGAAACUUCUGAAUUGUGCAGUUUUCUGGAAACUGUGUCUGCAGCCUUAAGUUACGGCCUGAGAAGAUGCUAUUUUCUCUAGCCUUCUGCCACUUUUAUUUCAUCUUUGCGAUGAAAUAACAUCGAGUAACUUUUUGUCCUUCACCAAUGUAUUUUCACCCUGUGCUGAUUCUGAUGCAAAGCACCGUUACGUCGACUCCUUUAUACGGGUGCGAGUGUCUCAUCCUGUUGCCGGCAGUAGGAUGGGGGGCUACGGGAGAUGAAUUCCUGGAACUUCAGGGCUUAAAGAUGGUGGCAGUGGUUGGGAUUGAGCUCGUGUUGAGUAAACAACCGUGAAUCGGGCGCACCAUUGCUCUCUCAGCAUGUAAAGAAAUGUGCUUUCGCAAUUUGCAGUACUGCCCAAAUUAUGAAAUAAUUCCUUCUUUUAUAGAUAAGUAUCCUGGUUGCCCUGCGUUCUUUCCCCCAUCCUAUGUUUCUUUCUUUUAAGAAUAUAAAAGAGGGGAGGGAAAACAACUUGGUUUUUCUUUUGGUUUCAGUCCUAGAAAAGAAGUACUUUUCUGAUUAAUUACGCUUCAUUUACAACACUUCAACUUUACAACACUUCAACUUUACAACACUAAAAUGGGGUGGUUAUCCAUUUUCUGGGCUUAUGAAGAUCCGUGUUGACAACGUGAAAGCUUUUCCUUGUAUUCGUCUAGCUGAUGUCUCCAGAGAGAGAACUUUUCGAAAUAUGGGCAUAGAAUUAAAUGACAGGUACAUUUGAGGGUAUUGGAGUAGGAAUAAGAAAACAGCAAGGGAAUUCUAGAGAUCCAAGAAAGCUAGAGAGAGCUAUUGACACCAAACAGUGCUGAAAAAGUAGAAGUUGCUCACAUGCAGUCUACAAGUUUGGUUUUCUGAUUCAUUUGUGAAGAACAACUAGUUUAUCUUCUCCUAUCUGAAUGUCGGCAUCCAGACAAUGCUAGUUUGGGGGAAGAUUUCAUUUUAAAGUGAAUACUGUUUGGUUGGUGGUAGGAACAUAACUUGAUAUUUUGCAACAAAUUUAGCCAUAAGUGGCUGGUUUCUGUUUUUCGUGAUCAAAUGUGGGGAGAAUCCUUGGUUCAUCCAGUGGUGUUAUUCAAUACAGUUCUUUAAUUUGGUGAGGAGGGAAAACUCCCAAAGUUGUUGUGUUCACUUCAGAAGAAAUGAAAUAGAGACUUCCUGAGACAAAUGUCUGAAGAAAUGUAACUGCCCAGGACAUUCCUGCAUUUUCUGAAUAGAGCGGAGGAUUUCAGUGACAUUUUUACAACUCCAGAGACUUAAGUGUGAAAGUUUAAGGCAACAUUUUGGAAGAUGCCCAAAAAAGCCAGAGGCUUUUAGAUUACUCUGAGGAAGAAACCUUAGGGUCCGAAACAUGUUGGAUUUUGGUUUAGAAUAAACUACAUCCUUAGUUCCACCCCCUUUGACUCUGGCUUUUUUGGCAUCUCUAUUGGGGUUUUCCUUUUUUGGCUUUAACAUUUUGGAAGACACAUUUUUUUCACCCUCAGCCACAAAAACAACAAGUAAUGUGUAUGAGGAUGUCAUGGAGACGAGAAGCAUUGAAGUAAAACUUGGACCACUUUGCAUACAUAUUUCUCACUUGACAUUAUAGCUGCAUAAUAACGUGCUUUUAAGUAUAACAUCGAAGCUUUAACCAAUAUUUAAAGACAGAAAAUGGCAUCAAAUAAAACUCAUUUUUAUAUUUGUUUUAGAUGUUUUACCUAGUUGAAAUGGCUUAUAUAAGAUGAUGAAUAAAAAUGUUGCUUGUAAUACAGUUUUUGCCUGCUAAAUUCUCCACAUUUUGUAACCUGUUUAUUCCUUUGGAUGUAAAGCGUUUUUGCUUAGUAUUGUGAUACUGUACAUGUUUUUGUCCCAGUUGUAUAGUAACGUUUCAGUCCCUUGACCAGCUUUGGCUGCUGAAAUCAUACAGCUGUGAAGACUUGGCCUUUGUUUCUGUUUAGACGGCUUUUUUCAGUUAUGUAUUAAAUAUCAUAAAAGUACUGUAGAAAAAAGUCACUUCUUCCUAUAAGGCUCUUUUUGUAAAAUAUAUAUUAAGGACUGGAAACGUGUUUUUAAAGAGAAGCAUUCAAGUAUGACAGUAUGCUUAUCUGUGUUUUCACCAUUCAAAGUGCUGUUUGGUAGUUGAAACUUAAAUCUAUUUAAUAUCUCAUUUAAUAAAGUGACCAAAAUACAUAAA